AUGCGGUAUCCUGCUGAUUCAGAGGCUUGGAUAACAUUUGAUGAAGAACAUAGGUGGUUUGCUGAGGAUGCUCGCAAUGUACGACUGGGUCUAGCAAGUGAUGGUUUCAACCCUUUCAAUAAUAUGGCUAAACCUUACAGUAUAUGGCCAGUGAUCCUCGUUCCGUAUAACUUUCCGCUGUGGUUAUGCAUGAAAGAGGCAUUCUUUAUGACAUCACUCAUUAUUCCUGGGCCAAAAUCACCGAGGAAUGAAAUAGAAGUGUACAUGCAGCCAUUGGUAGAUGAAUUGAGUAAUCUUUGGGAAAAUGGGGUUGCGACAUAUGAUCCCUUUAGUGAAGAAACAUUUAUGCUACAUGCUGCUCUAUUGUGGACAAUCAAUGACUUCCCUGCAUAUGAAAUCAUACAUAUAUGGGGCAUCGUCGAUUCUUACCACUGGAUCACACAUGGAGGAAAAAAAAAAAGCAUUUUCAAUGGUAAAGAAGAUCACUGCACACCUCCAACUUUGUUAACAGGACCAGAGUUACUCGGUCAACUAACUUGUAUUGGACAUGUGUCGUUUGGGAAGUGCUCAAAGAAGCGCAAACACACUCCUGAAGAGUUGAAUUGGACAAAAAAGAGCAUUUUCUUCAAUUUGCCAUAUUGGUCCACACUUAAGUUUCAACAUAAUCUAGACGUUAUGCAUAUCGAGAAAAGCAUUUGCAAUAGCAUCUUGGGCAUGUUGAUGAACAUUCCUGGAAAAAGUAAAGAUAAUAUCAAUGCACGUCGUGACCUCUCCAACUUGGGUAUAAGAAAAGAAUUACAUUUGAUACAUGAUGGUGAUCGAUGUACAAUGCCACCUGCUACCUUCGCAUUACAUGGAGAUGAGAGGAAAAGUUUUUGUGAGUGGUUGUCGGCUGUGAAAUUUCCUGAUGGGUUCGCUGCCAAUAUUUCUCAUUGUGUUUCUAUGUGGGAUUGCAAAAUUUCCAGUUUCAAGAAUCAUGAUUGUCAUGUUUUCAUGCAAAGACUACUUCCUGCUGCAGUGGGUGGGUAUUUAAGAAAGGAUAUUAGCUUGACCUUGAUUGAAUUUAGCAACUUCUUCAGAGAAUUAUGUGCGCAAACACUUGAUCGGAACCUAUUGAAGCAGCCUGACAGUGAUAUCGUCAACAUUCUAUACAAGUUGGAGAUGAUUUUCCCCCCUUCGUUCUUCGAUGUUAUGGUCCACCUAGCAGUUCAUUUACCUCGUGAGGCUUUGCUUGGGGACUCAAUUCAAUAUAGGUGGAUGUACCCUUUUGAGAGGUACCUUAGCAAGUUCAAACGGUAUGUGAAGAAUAAAGCUCACCCAGAAGGAUCAAUAGCGGAAGCGUAUAUUCAUGUAGAAUACUUAAUAUUUUGCUCGAUGUAUCUCUAUGAUAUUGAGACGAGGUUCAAUCGGGAAGACCGAAACAUUGAUGGGUUACCAGAUGAUGAGGGCCGAGACGAGUUCUCAGUUUUCACACAGAAAUUUUGUCCCUUGGGUAUUUCAACUCAACUUCAAUUAGAUGAUAAAUUGUUCAAGUCAGCACGCUGGUACGUCCUCAACAACUGUACUGAGAUUGCAACCUACCUAGAGUAUGGCUUAAUUCUUUAUGUUGUCCGAUUACUAAUAAUGUUUCCUAUGAACUCAUUAUUGCUAGUUGGGAAUAGCUUUUAUUAG